UAUCCAACAUGGCGGUUUCCUAUGGUUUGUGGAGAAAGGCGCUUAGUUUAUCAUAUUUUCGACGCUACUGUAGAACCAUUCUUCUUACCACCGAUGUAGGCAUAAGGUCAUGUUUUAGCGCACCUAGAAGUGCUGAGGACGAAAACUUUGAGGAGAUGCUCAGGAAUUCUAAGUUUGUCAAAUUAGGUCGACCAAAGGGUAAAACCGUUUCUGGGAGAAUCACACACAUUGUGGAAAACGACGGGAAAAAAGAUUUGUAUGUAGACUUUGGCUGGAAGUUUCACACGGUUUGUACGGAAGGUAGAAACAUAGCAAGUCAAUACAAAGUGAAUGACCUGGUGAAAAUAAAACUGAUUAACCUGGAAGCUGCAGAACAUUUUCUCGGUCAAACCAGACACAUAACAUUAUGUGAGGCUGAUGCUAAACUUGAGGGCAAAUUGGAACUGCAUGAUAAAUACAGUGUGAUGGAAAAGAAACUCAGUUGAUCUUUUAUGAAGUUCUCCUUAAUCAUUUUGAUGAAAUUACAGUAACAUUCUGUGGAUCA